UCCAAGAUGGCGGCGGUAUUGUCGCAAARAGAAACCAAUUCACAUCAGAAUAACAGUGGUUUAUAGCCAAAAUCAUGUCUCUUGGUUAGGCAGUAGUUCUUUGCAAGURUAUUUCUAACCACUUUARMCAUGGAUAACAGGAAAUAAGGAUUGGUUGUUGGUGUACAUGUUAAAAUGGCAGUAAACGCUUCUUUGAAUACCGCGUUUUCUAAUGUUAUAAGCACGACAGUUGCUCCAUUUCAUAACAACGGGAUAUCUACUGACAAGGAUGAUGGACAGGAUAACGAAGAGCGUGGUUUGGUUCUUCUUGUGGUGGCUUGCCUGUGUUGUAGUCUGUGGCUUAUAUACAUGACACUUUAUCACUCGCGAUUGCUGGGCUCACUCAUUACAAAACUUGUCACWAUGAGAUAUUUGAAAGAAGGACAGUUCUUUGAGAUCGGUUCAAUUUCCUUCUCCAUUCUCUCUGGAAAGAUCAUGUUUAGAGAUGUAAAGUACAUUACAAAAGACUUGUCGAUACGUGUGGUAGAUGGUUAUGCUAUAUUCAAGUAUUGGUUGCCUUAUGUUGAAGAAGAAGGGUAUCGACAACCAUAYAGUGUUAAUGCAACUGAAACAAGUACAGAAAUUGAGAGCAAAGAGCCUAGACUCACUAUUUGGAUGAACUGCUUUGAAUAUCAUGUCUACAACAGAGCUGGUUUGUAUGAUCAGUUACAGGAUUUGUUUAGAGUUGAGAGAUACGGAGAUGCUGCUAAAUCAUCUUUAAACAUACAUAAUGUGACAGACACUAUCAAAAAGUCUCCAACAGAAGGGGAAAAGAGUGAGCAAGAAUCAAAUAAUGGUCUUCCCACAUGGUUGCUUGAACUUGUACCGGCCAUAAAAUUCGACAUCAACACUGGUAAAAUCGCUUUUGGAAAUAAACUCUUUGAAACYACRCUUUGCUUUAUGUUUGAAAAUGCUGUUGGCUAUUAUACAACAUCUGAAGCUCAUUCUUCACUGGAUCAGUUUAUGCAUGUUGUCAAAAUGACAGGGAAAAAUGUGCGCAUCAUGUUGUGUCCAAGUCCUGGAUAUUCUGGUCCUAAGGAUGAACCCCCACGUUUCAUGGGAAAUGGAUUUGUUGUACUACAUACAGCACAGUGUAAGAUCAAUUACUAUCARGAUGAACCUGGUCUUGUCCCUGAAGGAAAUGUAGGUGAUGUUGAAGCUGGUAUUCCUGACUCGGAUCCACACUGGGGAGUUGAUGUUGUGUUUCUUAAGAGUACAUCCAUGUGUUAUGGYCCUUGGGUAGAUAGACAAAGAGAUGCAUUACAAAAGUUCUUCUUUCCUAUGGACUACCAAGAAAUGGUGGCAACAAAACCUCUUCCUCCUGGRCAAACACGGCUACACACUGGUCUUGAUGUCAAGUUUCAUUUUGAUGUUGAUGCUACCCUCGAUAUUUUAUUUUCUAAAGAUCAAGAAACCAAAGCUGUCCAUGUGUGUUUCGGUGCUCGUUCACAUAUUGGUGUUUACCAACCAUGGACUGUCAAUGAAUAUGGCUACACAACAUCAGUCAUAACCAAACUAUACCAAGUUGAAGCCAGUACMAGUAUGGCAUACAGGAAACUYGUUGAUGCUGAUGUGUUAGAUUUAGCCGUCCACAUGACAUUYCCAAGGGUCUGGAACCAAACUCARCAUUGGUCAUGUGAGAUCAGUGCUGUCCGUGUUUCAUGGUGGUUYAUAUUUGCUCAUAAAUGGUUUUUCCAAGAAAUGCUGGAAGAUUGGACAGCAAAUUACCGUCCUGACCUAGUGACCUUUGUUCCCUAUGAAUGGUCCUUCAACAUUGCACUUAGAGAUUUUGAAAUGAUUUGGAUAGCAAAUGAAUAUAACUACGUGGAAUGCACGUCAAAUAAACAGGAAAUGGCUGARCUGGCUUUCUGUGGUGAACUCUUUGACUUGACUUUUGUGCUUCAGUUUUUAAGAUUUCUACCGGAAUUUGAAGAAAUAAAGUUCUUCCUACAGGUUGAAAAGCUUGUAGCAAGAUUAUGUCUACCUGAGCAUGACACCUUGCAUCGUAGCUUACUUUGUCUCGCUAGGACAGCAACAAAAUCUCAAACCCAUCCUGUCAUUCGAUCRCGAUCAUCUACCAGCACAGGGUUCCCAGAAGAAGGCAUUGAAAGUGCUGAUGAAAGUGCAUUUGCGGGCUCAAACAAUAAUACAUUUAGUACCAUAUUUAGUAGGCAUACAGCUAAGAAUCAUGGAUGGGUGGAUGUUAUGUCUGUACCAAUUUUAGGUCUAUCUAUUGGAUAUAUGUAUCAUCCUAUAAUCCCCAAUCCCAAGUACAUUGUACCUAGAGACGAACCCCUGAAAUGGCAACCAUCAGAGAUGGAACCUGAUGUCAUUACAUUAGAGCUAGAAGCAGGACCUGCAGCACUUCGUCUGUUUGGUUCUGUUUUGAAAGUCUUAGCAGCAAUUAAGCGAUCAUCUACCAGCACAGGGUUCCCAGAAGAAGGCAUUGAAAGUGCUGAUGAAAGUGCAUUUGCGGGCUCAAACAAUAAUACAUUUAGUACCAUAUUUAGUAGGCAUACAGCUAAGAAUCAUGGAUGGGUGGAUGUUAUGUCUGUACCAAUUUUAGGUCUAUCUAUUGGAUAUAUGUACCAUCCUAUAAUCCCCAAUCCCAAGUACAUUGUACCUAGAGACGAACCCCUGAAAUGGCAACCAUCAGAGAUGGAACCUGAUGUCAUUACAUUAGAGCUAGAAGCAGGACCUGCAGCACUUCGUCUGUUUGGUUCUGUUUUGAAAGUCUUAGCAGCAAUUAAGGAAAAUUAUUUUGGAGAAGACCAGGUAUUCCAGGAAUGUCCACCAUUCAACAGCAACAUGUCUACGUUCACUGCGAAGGAAGUUAGUGAUGUUAUGAAGGACACUAUUAACCUUUUUACCUURAGACCUUUAGAAGCCAAUGUCUUAAUAAGUCUUUAUGACUUYAAAGCUGAAUUAACGAAGCACUGUGGAGCAUCAGAACCUUCAUCUCCUUUGCUGUUGUUUGAAAGACUCACAUUUGAAAUGAAGAAAUCAUACAAUGAAACUAGAUUACAGCUGCACUUGACCCCAAUGACAAUACUUGUGUCUGAUGGAUAYGAGCGAGGAACGUCGGCCCGCCAUUUGUCACAAGGACACUUGAGUUUGUCAGGAUUUCAGAUGCGUGGACAUGCGAUGUUCUCUGGAGAGGGCUUACCUCCAGACGGCGAAACAUUGGAGUAUGCAUGGCUGACUGAGUUACAGUUUGGAAUACUGUCCGGAAAAAUUACUAUUCCACAGCUUCAAGCUAUUAUCAAUUGGACUCAAACGUUCAUUUUCCAUGUAAUGAGCAAAGAGAACAAACUACAACCUCCAGUCCCUUACAAGAGAUGCAUUCACGGACACAGGCAAGAUAAAUGUGACGUUAUAAAUCCCAAAACUACCGAAACACAAGAGAAGAGUCCACAGCCUCUAACGAAGAAUGAACGCAACUCAAAAGGCAAAGCCUCUGACACCAACAAGUCGUUAUUGGGAAAACCAGAAGACGUAAAGAGCAAACUAAAGGAUAUUUGUAUCACAGAAGACGACGUAAAGUACCGUAUGACGAGAGUAUCUUUAGAAGACAUCAAUCUGUUUGUGGUAGAAACGGGAAUCGCUUGCAACGUUCAGUUGAGUCCUAUUCGCCUUGCUACCUGUACCUUACACUGCGACAAUUCGACAACUGGUAUAAGUAUGUUCAUACAGAAUGUCAAACUACGUCAGUUUAUCCUUGCUCCAAAGCCAUUGGUAGCCGAUCCUGUGUUUGAGGACAUUCACAAGCGAAUGUCUCUCUCUGAUGAUAUAGUUUGGAUAGAGGCUGCUGGAGUACAGCUAGGACCAAUUAUUUCUGAUAUUUCUUUGGCAGAAGAAAUAAAAGACCAUGUCGUUGACCAAAAGAGUUUUCUUUCACUCCACGACAAGAAGUAUCAACGUCUGUGGUUUCUGUGGAAUUCAUCGAGCGUAUACAAGUCUCCAGUAAAAAACUUUGGCUGUUGUGGCUGUAUUGGGGGCUGCAACUUUUUCGGAAAAAAUAUAAAUGGACCUCGGUUCUUUACGUCGGAGAAACUGGAGGCAAGCAACAACGAUACUGGAAUUGCAGGUUUUGGUAGUGAAGGAGGACUUUACGAUGAAGGUGAUUUCCACGAUGAAGAUACCAAGCCACUCAUGUAUUCCCGUGAUGCUCUUGGGUCAGCAUAUUUAGACCAAAGUCCCGUGGGCUCAGUAGAAGCAUUUACUCGUAAACGUUAUCACGGCUCAGAAGCGAGUAGUCCACGUCUCAAGAGAGGAUAUCUCAUGCGUACUAGACAUGGCAACACCGAUGAAAACAUACUAAGAAAUAAAUAUUCCUCUAUUUGUAGCCUUGAAGAAAGUAGUGAAGCCGACUCUGUACGCAAGGCAACAUGGAAUUCAGCUUUAAACGAAUACAGUCGAAUUUCUACAACAACAAGUGACACGCUGACUAAAAGAACCUCGACCACCACAUCCAGCUCUCUUCAAAACCUGAUCAUUUUUAGAUUUGAUGGAGAAGUAAACGUGUUUUUCACUCCACUGUUGUUGGAUGCUUUACAACGAUAUACAGCAUCGAUAUCUAAACAGGACAGUCUUUUGCACCCAUCUUUGGUUGUAGAUCUAGUGCAUGACAUGUGUACAACUACCGCUGACAAUAUCUACAGAAAACGUUUAGAUGAAACUGCAAAUAUGGACGAUGCACUUCCUUGCAAACCAAACGAAAUCACUGCCUUCAUAAGUACUUCAAARAUACAYCUUGCUUUCYUGCAAGUUGCUUUUCCCGAGGUCGAGACUAAAACUGAGGUCUUUACAAAUGAUGGCGAGAGGAAUGUCAUGAAGGAACCCAGUACUUCAAUUCUUGCUGGUUCGUUUGAGGGGAUUUCAACCAAGUUGUUGUCAAUACAAAAGGCAGCAGAUAAUGUCACCAGYUCAAAGAACAACUUGGAAGAUACCGAAAACCUGUCAAUGCAGAAACCAUCYGAGGGAAGCGUCGUGCAUAAACCAUUCCAUCGUAAUACCUCAUCCGUGAUGAACAUCAAAUGUAACGAAGCGCAGAUCCARCUCCAYGAACUGUGCAACAAGGAAGAUUUCGAAAAGAGCAUUACUACUGCUAUUGCAGACAACUUGUCAAGAACUAAAUUUGCUUUAAAUGUGGACCAUUUGCAUAGCUUAACGGACUCCUAUAAUGUGGAUAAUAUACCACCCAACUCAUACAUGAACUUGCUUAUGYUGGAGUGUGGACUCGAGAACAUUACAGUGUGUGGAGGAAGUGAGUGUGGGGGUGGCAGUGAAGUGAUUCCUAAGAUAUAUCAAAAGCACCAUGUCACAAAACCAAAGACGAAAGUUCCACAGGAGAAACCUAGCAGUCCCGAAGAACCAAAGUUUCAUGGGUUUUCAAACCCACUGCAGGAAGACACUGGGUCCGUCGUGCUCAAUAUGGAGAAUGAUUAUUCUAACAAGCUUGACCUGUCAUCGCUGUCUUCUAGUAUCAGCUCAUUGUCUUCUUCAAGUGGAGGUGAUGAAUCAGACAUGGAAAGCGAAGCAGGUGAACAGCAGCAACUGCUGUCCUCAAGAGCUGAAAAAGAAUCCCAGAAAAGAUGGCAUCACACCAUACAACAUGUCAGGGAUUCUUUUAUAGACAAGGAUGUCGAGCUUGCUCGUCGUAUCGAUGYCAAGUUCCACUUUUCAAGUAUCUGGUUUAAUAUUUCCUCACCACCGUUGUCAAAGACACUGCCUUCAACUUACCAUCUUUACAACAGUCUGGUGACUACCAUUGUGCCAAUGUCAAUUGCCUGGAUUCCUGGAAUUCUCGAAUUAAAGGAAAAGAUUGCGGCUGUGCAAAGGAGUCGCCAUGAUCGUUUGACUAGUGUUAUUGCUUGUCUAAUGUCGCAGGCUUUACCUGACCAUGGCAAGAUUCCUAAAAAGCAUGGAAUCCACGUGCUGGUUARCGAUACUGCACGUUAUCUCCAAGAAGACCAUUCCAGUCAGCUUCUAUACACCUUGCGAAAGCAGCUUAUGGGAUCACGACUUGAGAAAGUACAGUCAGCACUGAUACAGAAAAACAGUAUACCAGACAACAAGAAACUUGUCAAGGGAAUCUUUGCCCUUGCAAGGCAAUGGAAGUGUUUCUUGGCUGGGACGGAAAAGGGAGAGAUUCUGUUCUAUGGUACAAACUCCAUCAARCGUCAUGUUGUGGGACGAGGAGUYCUUACCGAGAGAGAUCGCGCCAUUUUAAUGAAAGAGGACGACCAGCAAGUACAAGAGAACACCGAUCAGGAAGUAACUAGCGAUGGUGGCCAGGAACAAGGAAUUCCAACAGGAGACCCGUCGUCCAUCAAUUCUGAUGACAAUCAACAAGAAGAUGAGACAUCCAAGCUGUUAGAUUCCAAUGGCCAAUCCAUGCCCUUGGAAGAGAUCCAUCACACACAGCGGUCACCACUAAUAGGAACAUCAACAGCAGCACCUGACACAGAUACAGAAACCGAUGAAUCACCRCCUACAACAAUGCGCAAAGCCCCGCAAAAUAAGCAUCUACUUGGUGUUGAUAACAAGAAAUAUGGCCACAGGAAACAGCUUAGUCUUUAUAGUUGGCUAUCGAAUACUCCUGCCACUUCACCUAACACCGCAGCAAGACCAGUAGCUACAGACGGUGCAAGACCAACUAAAUUGACAAUCCAGUCACCGCUAGUUUCUCCAAUUAAGUCAGAACAGAACAAUAAAAUAUUUGGCAGCGAAAUGGUGAGUGUGCCGACCAGUGGAAAAAAGAUUCAAGAUGAAAAAGAAACAUUCAAGACCUUACUUCAAGCUAUAAGCUUAAAGCCUAAAGUAGCGGAGGAAAAGGACACUGCCAAAACGAUUUCGUUAACAACGACAUUAAAAUAUAUUCGUGUAGAUUUGGUGGAUGGGGAAAUUAAUAAUUUAUCUUCAAGUAGUAAGAAGCGAAAGACGUCGAAGCAGCUUUUUAAAGACGACGAGCCAAUUUUCCUCGCAAAAGACUUCAACUUUAGACUACUGUUCAGCAAAUCUCCUAUGAAUGCUAAUAUUCUUGGCGGUGAUCUUCAAUCCUUGUCUAAUUCCAUGAUUAAUCGGGUAAAGUUUAGCGUUGGGGUUGGCAACAUUACUCAGAAGGUGAACUUUCCUUUUGUACGACUUGUGAUCCACCUGGUUGACAUGGUGGAUGUACUGGCAGGUCUUAUCAAAUCAAAGGCGGAAGAAAUACAGGCUGAUAAAGUUGACGGACCAGCUCCGCACUUCACCAAUGUCUUUGGUCCAUCUAAAGUGCGUAGUACUUCCCCGUCCAGCGUAAAGUGCUGGAAGACUAUGUAUCAAGUGUUGGAUUUAUACUCGUCUUUGCCACGAGAACCCAAAGGGAAAUCUGGCUUUAAGAAAGCUGGAACGCCUGGUUCAGGCCGCGCAAUUGAUUCGCCAUUGCGUUUAAAGGAAGUCAAGAUCGACAUGGAAGACGGCCCACAGACAUUCAGUCCCGCGCGGCGUCAAGAUGACCACCGGCCAUUGAUUGAUACCUAUUCUAUAGUAGGUGUGGUGACUUUGCCAAGUGCUCGUCUAUUGGCAUCCAUAGGUGAUCUACGUCAAGAGAUAGACAUAAAAGAUGUCAGUUUUGUGCUAACCAAAACUGAGGAAAAAGGUGCCGAUGAAACAGAUCGUCAUUCAGGAUCCAUUUCUUUUCACGUUGGCAAUGUCAAUUGUGUUCUCUUGGAAAAAGUGAAGCAAAAUCACGGCAUGGUUGUCUCAGUCCUCAUGUCCCGAUCGCAUGCUGUCUACUCGUACCAGUCCCAUGCCAGUGCAGAAAAGAACGUUGCCUUUGUUUCCGUUGGUGUUAUCGACGUUGAAAUCCCCCAACAUCCUGUAGCACUCCACACUAUGAUGACCCGCAGCUCUCGAACUAUUUCAAGACAAAUUACUGAUAUACAAAGUCAGAGGUCUAUAGUAAGGUGCAUGGGUGUGACCGACACAACCUCACCUCCUAGCUACACUAAAAGACUGUCAGGAGUGCCUGCAGAAUUUGUAAAACAACAUUUAGUUGGGUCACCAACCGGUGCAAAAGUGUUUGCCGACAGUGUUGAUGGACUGAAACCAGAUAUCAUCCCUGUUAAAUGUGAUAUUGUACUCAAAGGGUUCUGCCUUAGUGCGUCUCUACUUCCCUCAUUGAGAGCUGGUUACAAGAUUGGUAGGAUUUCUGCAACCACUAAUACUGGAUCGUGUAGUAAGUUCAAGGCUACUAUGCCAUCACACAGCCUUAUGUUUUCGUCAAAGGUGCAGACAUUUGAAUCGAACGUGCCUUCUUCUGCAAUGGUUGAUCUUCCUCCWGUCAAAGUAUCAGGAGAAUUCUUAGCGGGUAAAAUCACUCGUCCUAGGUCAGGCCAUAGAGGCCAACGUGCUCAUUUGUACGUUAAUGCUGAGAUUGGGGCCUUUCAACAUUGCUUAACGACAGACCUGCUUAAUCAUCUGGUCUUUGUACAGAAGAGUUUUAUGAAGGUAAGAUUUUAUUUGUUCUAUUAUAAUCAAUUUUACUAUAAAAAUAUUUUAACUCUGAAAUUGUAUUUGAUUCACUGUAAAGGACUCUUUCUUCUUCUUUCAUUGUCCUAUUGUUCGUAGAAAAAAAUCUUAUACAGUCUUGAUUACUGUAUCAAUAAUUAUAGUAAUUUUAGAGAAAACGUGCGGCCGAUUCCCAUAUUGGCUUACAUAAAGCAGCCUAAGCGUCUUGCUUUUCCGUCUUCUCUGUCUUGGCGCGUACUUAAUCAUUUGGGAGCGGUCGAAUGUUGGAAAAGUAGCUUCAAUUUCUUCUAGCAGUUUUUUUUCUUCUAUCUAAAGGUUACAAUGUAGUUGUUUAUUGUAUUUUCGAGGCUUUAAAAUCAUAUUCAGAUAUCAAAUGCCAAAUUUGGAAAAAAACUGCAAAGUGAUGCUCACGACUGUUGAUCUGAUCAUAGAAGACUCGUCGCCGAGCUAGUAUCCAAAUUGUUGUACAUUUCAUUACAUAUGCCAAAAACGUAUUUGUGGGAUUUUUCUCCYUUGGGGUUUAAAGCCACGUUUGACUYCUCCCAUUAAGCCACCCCCCGAUCC